AAGUGUGAAGGAAAGUAGGAGAUAUUUAUUUACUUUUUUGUUAUUACCAGUGACUCAGAGCACGCAGCCUGAAGGAGAGGGGAAACCGCGGCUGUCAACAGAUUGAAUAUAUGAUUUAUGAUUUAAUGUGUAUAUAUUGGAGUAAGUGGCUGUUGGUUUGCGGCAAUUAUUGAGCUAGGGAACCGAUUGUGAUUGAAGUCAAUAUUUCUUUCGUUUAUUAAGCUGUUGUAUAUAUCUUCAUUAUUGUUUUUUUUUAUUUUUUUUUAUUGUUUCCCAUAUGUUUUGUGCCUUAUAGUGUAUGAAUAUGUUAAUAGGAGUGACCUUAUAUUUCAAAUGCAAUUGUUCAAUGUUUGAUAUCCUAUCGUUGUCACUCAAAUUAAUAAAUCGCAGGGCUCUAUUUAAAACUCUUUGCAAUUUUAGUUUCCGACUAUUUGUAGUAGCGUUUAUUGAUAUAGGUGGAUAUUCUAGGAUGGCUAUCAAUAGCGUUUUUAUAAGUGUUGUUUUAAUGUGGGAAGUUUAAUUUUUAAACCUGUAUAGUUUACUUAAAGCUGCUGUUCCUCUAUGUAUUCUCUCUGUUAUGUGCGUUGUAAUUCCCCUCCGGUGUAUUUUAAAUCCCAGUAGUUUUCCAUCAUUGUUUGGCUCUAUAAUUUUGUUAUUUAUUGUAAGCUUUUCUGAUUUAAUUUGUGCUAUUGAGAUAAUUUUAAAUUUUUCUUCACUAGUUUUAAUUUUCCACAUUUUUUCAUAACUAUUAAUUCUGUUUAUUUCUCUUUCAGCUUUGUAUUUUAUCAUGAGUUUUGAUUUACUGUUUGUGAUUAUGACCUGUGUUACAUCCUCUGCAUACAUGGUGUCGAGGCAAGAUGGUCCAGCUGCAGGUGGUCUUGGUCGCGUCGGUGUGUUGGCAGUGUAGAGUGCAGAGAUUACGUCAACGCAAACCUGGUGGACUUCUGUGUGAUGAUCUUAGUCAGGACUAUACAGUGGUAGUGUUGAGUAUGAAGACUACUUUGAACAGUCUUGUGAUCUUUGAGUGGUGAGCUGGUGGGUCACUGAAGUAGUCUUCGCUGUGGUCAGAUCGUGGUAGUGGUGAUAUAAGUUUCUACUGGUCGUGAUUACCUGCCUACAGAACCCGCUACUAAAUCCUCUCCCCCCCUGAAGGGGGUCGUAAGAGGCCCAAGUCCGCCCCCGUAAGGGGUCUUAGCCUAUUCCUACAAGUUGCCUCUGAGCAGCAGGUACACGUAAAAGAGGUGGUGUAGAAGACCACCUCAGAGAAACAAAAACAAUGCAGUCACCUGGACCCACCAACUAGGACCGAAGGCAGAGCGAUCAGUGCCUGGCUUAAUGGUAUCGCAGGUUGUCCCCGAAGGACGAAAAGGAAAAAUUAGUAAAAGGCAAAGAGGGAGGUCAACCCUACUCUUCCCACCUCCACAGCCACACGAGCCACCGUAGUCCCUGAGGGUCACUCUCAGAGACGUCCUGGACUACAAGCAAGGUGGCUUGGAAGAGGGGCGAAGAAAGGGACAAGAAUGGGUAAGGGAGGAAGGGGACAGCACUUGGGCGAGCUCUCACCGGACAGGGAGUGUAGCGGGAUACAAGUCACCGCUCCUAGCACUCCGUUUUCUGUUAAUUUUUCACCCUUCCGUUUUCACUCUCUCUACUGCACACGCUCUUGUCUUUCAUCUCUUUUUCAUCACUUUAUACAUUUCUCUUACUUGUCACAUUCUGUGCACGCUCUUUUACAUAUGUAUUACACAUCUUCUCAAUACAUCUUACUACUCCUUUCUUCACACAGACAUACACACACACAUACACUCUCUUUUUCCAUAAUUUUGUAUGUGUCGUUUGUCAUGUUCAGUAAUUUGUAUAUAUAUGGUUCAUAUUUUUGUUGAAUAAACAGAGAAUACCCAGGCUAAAUUUCCUUUGCCAGAGGUACACAGUUAUGACGCUGGAGAUGUUACCUUUCAAGGACUAAACACUGCUAUGACCAAGUCGUAGUUGGGAGCCUAAACUUUUCGCUUGAGUAAUUUACGGGCGGCCAAGUAGCACCUCACUUUCGCUACAAUUGGUGACCCCGUUGUUCCGGAGUGAGCAGCCAAGUCCAUCCCUGCUGCUAUCCUCCGACCACCCGGCCAAGGCGACGAGGUCGGCUACGAGCGGAUCUUCCGGCAGCUGCCCCUCCGCCGGUGUCGCCGCCUCCAGCAGCAGACCCCGGCCCCCGACGCAGCCUGGCCGCCUCACCGACGCAGCCCGGCCGCCACCCCGCCGGUGUCGCCACCUCCAGCAGCAGACCCCGGCCCCCGACGCAGCCUGGCCGCCACCCCGCCGUAUGCCGCCCGUACUCCGCCGCCCGGCCGCCUUCACGGCGCCCCAACCCGCAGCACUCUCCAGCUGGCCCUCGCCACUGGCCAGCAGUCUCUCCCAGUCGCGGACGCUCCUCCACGUAACUUCUGCCGGCCCCUCCAGUUUCCUGCUGUUACCUGGAGCCCUCCCACUGGCCGCGUUCCGCCUCCAUCUACAGCUCUUCAUAGGGGAUUACCUACGGUCCAUCGCCCAGGAUUAACACUGUCAUCCGUGGAUUACUUACAGUGCGGUGCCAAGGAUAACGUACAGUUCGUUCAGUGGUGAGUGCAGUGCCAAGGAUAACGUACAGUUCGUUCAGUGGUGAGUGAAGUGACAUUGCCCCAACUCGGCAUCUCUCACCGCUGUGGCACCCGGUCACACCGGCGCUUCACGCCUUCACUCCUCACCGCUGUGGCUCCCGGACUUUCCGGCGCCUGUAGUGUCCUUUACACAGUCACGUGGUGGUCCACUCAGCACAAUGCCUGAUGACGUCGACUCCGUAGCUUUCAGUGCUCCUCCGUUCAUCAGGCAGGACCCUUCCACGUGGUUCUCCAUCCUGGAAUGUAACUUCAAGGCUUCCAAGAUAACAGUGAGUCUAACCAAGUUCGUGAAGGCCUCUACAGUACUACCAGCUGACGUUCUUUCACAAGUUGCUGAUGUCGUCAGUGCUGCCAACACUUCUGCUUCGCCCUAUGAAGACCUCAAAGCUGCUGUUCUGCAACGCCUACAAUCUACAGUGUCGAGGCGCCUCCAGGAGCUUCUGUCACAAGAAGAACUUGGUGGUGAAAAGCCCACAGACCUUCUUCGCCGCAUGAAGAAGCUGCUUGGCGACAAGUACCCCUCCUUCGACAAGGAACUCUUCUUACAGCUGUUCUACCAACGCCUGCCUCCUGACACUCAACGCUGCCUCUUCACUGUCAAGAACAAGCUCUCAGUAGACGAGCUUGCCACUCUCGCCGAUGAAUUCAGGGCUACCCUUCCACAAGGUCAACCAGCUGCAGUAGCCUCCAUCUCAGCAGAAGACAGUACCAAGCAACUUGCUGAGCUCGUCUCACAGCUUAGCCUUGAAGUGAGAGAUCUUCGGAGAGAGGUCAGAGAACGCUCAUACUCACGUUCGCGUUCUUCCUCCAGACACCACUUCCGGCGCCGCCAGCGUUCAAAGACUAAGACGCCGGAGACUUCUGGUUUCUGCUACUACCAUGAAGAGUUCGGGAAAGACGCAAGAAAUUGCAAGGCUCCCUGUACCUUCGCCAAGUCUUUAAACCCCAACAGCGAGCACUAGCGGCGCAUAGUGUUCGCGACACCUUGUCUGCGCUACUGAAGUUGUAUGACCCUCUCUCCCGGACCAAGUUCCUCAUCGACUCUGGUGCAGACGUCAGUAUUCUCCCUGCCCCUGGUGUAGACCGGACGUUGCAUCCCCUCCUUCACCUUCACGCCGCCAAUGGUACGGAGAUUCCUGUGUACAAGCGACGCACCUUGCAACUUCACC